GCUCGACGAGCACAUGACUUGUAUUUAACAAUUUGAGUCGAGCCCAAACUGCUUCAUCAGGUCAAUCUUUAAAUUGUUUUUAGUGACUUUUGUUUAUUACGAAUUCCCGGCAAUGACACUGACUUCCCCAACAUCCCUCGACUGUACUUUGUGUUUGGAGACCAAACUGGAGUAAGACGUGGAGCUCUUCAUCAAACCUCAGUUUGUUAAAAACUGCACUCACAGCAUGCUGAUCUCCGCAUUUAGCUCAAAGCACUGAUAACGUUCUUAUUGCAGCCCUUUUUCUGUGGGCUGAGUGUAUGGCGCCAUCUGGUGGCCGAUAAUGUGAAUCACUGAAAGACAGCUGAUACUCUCCAAAGUCUUAAGAGAAACUUCAGUGAGCUUGUUGUUAAUAGACCACAGUGAUUGGACACUGGCAUCCUGCCCAGCCUGUUGGCUAAGGAGCCUUUGCCUAAACAUUCCUUUGUGGUUUCUUAUUUCAGGCCAAGGAUACCAAGCUAUUUUGGGAAACGUGGUGUGUUUGUUCAAAAGCUAAAAAUGGCAUUUGUGCUGGUUGAGACAACUCAAGAAACAAAACCACAGGCACACAGUGACCCAGCAAAUCCCCCCGCUGUAAACCACAGCGUAAUGAUAGAAAGAUCUUGGCAAACACACAAUAGCUUCCUGCAGAAAAACAGAUUUUGAAAAACGGAAUGGAAUGAAUGAAUGUGACUAACUAUCACAAGUUUUUUUAGAUUUUUUUUUCAGUUUGACUUUUUUAAGUUGCUGGGUGUUCAUAUUCUUCAGCAACAUCCUUUGUUACUGGCCAUAAAGUGCAAUGACGGUGUGUAAUCAGUCAGGUGUGUGUGUUUUUGUGUAUUUGGGUGUGUGCAGUGAAUUUAUAUUUUUAAAAACUCCUUGGAUUUAAACUCAAAUUUUUUUGUGAUUAGAGCCUCAACUUGCAGUCAACACCUUUGUGUCCACCUUAGAACUUCAUCAUUUAAUCAUCUCACGUCCUCUUUGUAUUUCUACACUCAAUGGAGUCUUAAAACACAAACUAAUCCUUAUAGCUGCUCUGGUUAGGCAGUUCCCAAGUUGACACUAUAGAGUUCUCUGAUACUGACAGGCUUAAUUAAAAAUGUAAGUAACAAGAAAUACACGAUUCUGAUAAUUAGGUUUCUGGAUUGGCCUGGUCAAAGUUAGCCCAGGUCUAUGGCACGCGCGCACACACGCAGACACACACUUCCUCGAUGGAUCCUUGUAUCUCGAGCGGCCCGCUGGCUGCCUCUCUCUCUUAUUGUGCCAGAUCAGCGCGGACCGGAGAUGAAUCAUUGAUGACCGGUUCCAACGGCUUAAUGGCCUCUAAUGUUCCGUAAUGAUCUCCCGUCAACGCCGUUGCGCGCGGCCUUAAUGGACCCAAUGCCGUGGAGAAUGCUCUGCCUUGGACCUCGGUAAUUCCUCCUCUUUUGGUCGAGUGGCGCACAACAGGAAGCCCGAAGAGGCCGUGAGCACAAGUCUCCGGAGUUCCACGGGCGCAGCAUGAGUUUCCCUCUCCGCCGAUCGACCUCAGAGCCCCAGUUAAAGGGCAUCGUGACCAGGCUUUCCAGUAGCCAGGGCUUCCAGCUGCAGAUGCAGCCUGAUGGCACCAUUGAUGGAACCAAGGAUGAAGACAGCACUUAUGGGGUGUUCAACCUGAUCCCGGUCGGACUUCGUGUGGUGGCCAUUCAGGGCGUCCAGACCAAACUCUAUCUGGCAAUGAACAACGAAGGCUUUCUCUACACCUCUGAACAUUUUACCCCCGAGUGUAAGUUCAAGGAGUCGGUGUUUGAGAACUACUACGUCACCUACUCCUCCAUGCUGUACCGGCAGCAGGCCUCGGGUCGGGCCUGGUACCUGGGCCUCAACAAGGAGGGUGGAAUCAUGAAGGGAAACCACGUCAAGAAGAACAAGGCCGCCGCACAUUUCAUACCGAAACCACUGAAAGUGGCCAUGUACAGGGAGCCGUCCCUCCAUGACCUGACAGAACUCUCACGCUCAGGCAGCGGCACGCCGACCAAGAGCCGCAGCGCUUCGGCCCUACUUAACGGCGGAGGGAAGUCGCCCAGCAAAAACGACCUUUCCUAGCCCCUCACACACACACACACAGACACACACACACACACACACACACACACACACACACACAGAUCUCAGGCCGUCAUGCUCACACACCUGGCUGGGGAGAGGUAGGAGGAGGCGAGGACAAAACAACCGAGGACAGGAAUGUGUUCUUCCACUUAACGGAGCCCUCUAUGACUGACUGUGAUGUAAAUAAAAGGACAAUCACUCUGCAGAGGGACGGGACCUGUGGAUCUCUGCCCUUGACUCCUCCUCCUGCUGCUGUAUCAUAACCAGAGAGAACAAGGGAGGGAGAUGUAAUAAGACGAAAGGCAAUGGAGCGAGAGAGAGAGAGCGAGUCGGUCGGUCACAUAGUCACAUAAACAGACUGUUACAGAGAACCAAAGAGUCCAAGUGUUAACCACGUCACUGCAGUGGAGAAAAAGGGGAAAAGUGGCGAGAAAGUUAGACGGACAAAGGAAGGAAUGGCGUCUAUAUCUAUUCUACCAUAUGCUAUGUUUACACCGAGCUAAUGGGGUUAAGUCAUAUUUUUAAAAUGACGAUCGUAUUCCCUCUACUCUUAUGAGGACUUGGCGUUUGUCUGCAUGCAGGUGCACCCGUGCGUUUGUGAGUGGUUCAAGUGCACGCCGUGCUUGCAGUAGGAGUGUGAUAUGUGUGUGUGUGUGGGCAAGCGAGUGUAUGUAUGUGUGUGCGUGUGUGGGCAAGCGUGUGUGUGUGAGUGUACGUCUGUGCGCACGCAUGUAUCCGGGGA